CCCCCCCCCAACCCCACAUCCCAUCAUGCACACCUUCCCGACCCACCUCAUCGAUCGGUUGCCGACGAUGGCGGCGUCGCACAACGCGUCCCUCCUCGCAGCCAUCACUCCCACAACCCUCGACCCACCCUUCUAUUUCUCCCCACGACAGCACCUCUUUGACUGGAUCACGGACCGCAAUCUGUCGCUGCUAGCACCGAUCGCGAUCUAUUGGGUCCUCUCGACAAUCUUCCACAUUCUUGACACACUCGAAUUGCCCUACUUCGAGCGGCAUCGUAUCCACCCCAGCACUGAGGUCACCAAGCGCAACCGCGCCGGCUUUUGGCAGGUGAUCAACGCCGUCAUUUUCCAGCAGGUAGUGCAAACUGUGCUCGGGUUGAUUGUGCUUGACUCGGACGAGACCCUCCUCCGCACCGAGGUCCUCAAGGACCACCUUGCCUCCAUGGAAUGGCUCGCACCUCGAGUUGCCGACCUGACCUUCCUCUUCCUCGGCAAGACUGUGGGCAUGUCGAUUCUCGAAGCUUACGGCGCCCGUCUCGUCAACUUUGCGUAUUGGUGGGCGAUCCCAGCUCUCCAGCUGUUCGCAGGCUUCUGUGUCAUCGACACUUGGCAGUACUGGCUGCACCGCACAAUGCACGUCUACCCCUGGCUCUACAAGCAGUUUCACUCGCACCACCACCGGUUGUACGUGCCAUUCGCCUUUGGCGCGCUUUACAACCACCCAGUGGAGGGACUGCUGCUCGACUCGCUCGGUGCGGCCAUCGCGCACAUGGUGACGUUCAUGACCAUCCGCCAGGCGAGCCUCCUCUUUUUCCUCAGCUCGUGGAAGACUGUCGACGACCACUGCGGCUACAAGCUCUGGUGGGAUCCAUGCCAGCUGUUCUUCAACAACAAUGCCGACUACCACGACAUCCACCACCAGAGCUACGGCAUCAAGGCCAACUUUGCCCAGCCCUUCUUCACCAACUGGGACUACUUCCUCGGCACCCAGAUGACGCGUGAACAGGCGGAGAAGCGCCACGCCGAGGCGAAGGCGCGCGCAGCAAAGAGCCAGUAAUGUAUUGUAGCCAG